AUGAACGAUGGGGCCUCAUCAUCUGCAGCGAUCGGAUCGCCAACCAGCGCCUAUGCCUCACCCACGAGCCGUACGAUAGGAGUAGCGAGGGGAGAGGGUGAGGAUGAAGGUGCUGCGGAGCUCAGAAGGACGAUGAAGGAGCGCGAGAGGAGGGCAAAGAACAAACGUGUAGAUUUCCUCGACGACCUCCUCCGCACGCUGGACAUCCUAGCCUAUGCUGAGCUCUCGGCCGCCUACUACAUGGACUGCUCCUUCCUCCGCUUCGCACUGCGCGCCUCGACCCAGUUCUUCUACCUCACCCCCAAACCACCGCUUUUCCCCGAAGCCCCAAAGCACCGCCCGUACAUCGGCGCCAUUGUCGGCAGCAACGUGCUGUGCCUGCUGCUGCACCUCUUCCUCGCUGCUCCCGCGGCCGGCGAGGCGACACGAGGAUACCUACAUGGAGGGCUAAUGAUCGACUUCAUUGGGCAAGAAGGCCCAACAUCGAAGCUCCACCUCGCCGUAUUAGACGUUAUGAUCUUGUUGCUGCAGCUCAUAGCACUGGCGACACACCUCAAGCGACAGGAUCUGAAACGCACCCUCCCCACGCCCUCGCCAACGGCUCCGCAAGACCCCCACACAGCCGAACCGUUGCCGCAACCUCCCACAGACAGCCAGGCCACCGGCCCGUCACCCCCCGCAGUGGCGCAAGACCACGACGCCGAGGAGCAGGGGAUUUUGCGACGCUCGUCAACGGCAUCAAGCAUGCAGGACCAGCCCAACGAGACGGACGACUUGCUCGCGGAGUCACCGCACGACGGGCCUGCGGCCUCACCAGUCCGAAACACCAAUCUCCUGGACGCAUAUGCGGCUGGCCAGGCGAGCAUCGCAAACCUGUACGUCUGGGACACAGUGCGGGAUCAGUUUCGCGCGUGGCAGGGGCGCCCGGCUACGGCGCCUGCGACGGGCACGGUGGCGAGCGCGACGGGGUUCGCGGCGCAGCUUGCGGGGAGGAGGUUUGGGAUUCGGAUUCCGCUGGGUGGGGGGAGGUGA